UUUCUUUUGGUGGCAGUGGCAUCUGCACCCUUAUGUGUAAGGAGGACAUGGCCCAGGGGAAGUGUGCUGCAUUGUCUUGAGGCCCCCACCAUGCCUGGACGCGAGGAAAGCCCCUGAAGCUUGCCUGAAGGAAGAAGCAUGCAGGGUACCCCUGGAGGAAGUGUGUGCCCUGGCCUGUCCCCUCUGGACAGGUGGACACUCCUUGUCUCCAGUUUUAUUAUGGUAGCAGCUUCGGGCCAAAUGAAUUUCACAGGAGACCAGGUUCUUCGAGUCUUGGCUAAAAAUGAGAAGCAGCUUUCAGUUCUCAGGGAUCUGGAGGGCCUGAAGCCCCAGAAGGUGGACUUCUGGCGUGGCCCGGCCAGGCCCAGCCUCCCUGUGGAUAUGAGAGUUCCUUUCUCUGCACUGAAAGACAUCAAAGCUUUCCUGGAGUCUCAUGGCCUUGCUUAUAGCAUCAUGAUAAAGGACAUCCAGGUGCUGCUGGACAAGGAGAGAGAAGCCAUGGCGAGGUCCCGCCGGUUGGAGCGCAGCACCAGUAGCUUCAGCUACUCCUCUUACCACACUCUGGAGGAGAUAUAUAGCUGGAUUGACAACUUUGUAACUGAGCAUUCAGAUAUUGUCUCAAAAAUUCGGAUUGGCCACAGCUUUGAAAAUCGGUCCAUUCUUGUUCUGAAGUUCAGCACUGGAGGUUCUCAGCGCCGGGCCAUCUGGAUCGACACCGGAAUCCACUCCCGGGAGUGGAUCACCCAUGCCACUGGCAUCUGGACAGCCAAGAAGAUUGUCAAUGAAUAUGGCAAAGACCGCACCCUGACAAACAUACUGAAUGCCAUGGACAUCUUCAUGGAGAUUGUCACCAACCCUGAUGGGUUUGCAUUUACCCACAGCAUGAACCGCCUGUGGCGGAAGAACAAGUCUACUCGACCUGGAGUCUUCUGCAUUGGUGUGGAUCUUAACAGGAACUGGAAGUCGGGCUUUGGAGGAAAUGGUUCUAAUAACAACCCCUGCUCAGAGACUUAUCAUGGGCCUUCCGCUCAGUCGGAGCCGGAGGUGGCUGCCAUUGUGGACUUUAUCACUGCCCAUGGGAAUAUCAAGGCUCUGAUCUCCAUUCACAGCUACUCUCAGAUGCUCAUGUACCCUUAUGGCCACUCACUGGAGCCUGUUCCAAACCAGAAGGAGUUGUACAAUCUUGCCAAGGACGCAGUGCAGGCCCUGUAUCAAGUCCACGGGAUCGAGUACAUUUAUGGCAGCAUCAGCACCACCCUCUACAUGGCCAGUGGGAUCACCGUCGACUGGGCCUAUGACAAUGGCAUCAAGUACUCCUUCACCUUCGAGCUCCGGGACACGGGGCGCUACGGCUUCCUGCUGCCGGCCUCUCAGAUCAUCCCCACGGCCCAGGAGACGUGGCUGGCGCUUCGGACCAUCAUGGAGCACACCCUGAAUCACCCCUACUAGCAACAGCACUGAGGGCAGAGCGGGAGCGUUCGUUUCCUACCCCCAGGCCUGAGAGGCUCUUCCUGAAGCCCAAGUUGUAUAUCCUCUUCCCCACACACUUACCCUGGCCCCUUAGCAAAUAAAUACGAGUUUGAACAGGCUUGGCGGCCUCUGGUGCUGGCCACCGAUGCCUUUGGGCAGCUUGAAAUGCCUCUUCACACCUCAGGAAUUCAGGAGGCUGAGGGGGCUAGCAGACCUCGUAUUUCUUCCUCCUGCAAUGUUCUCCAGGCCCAGAACAGAUAACUCAGUGUCCGGGA